CCCAGCACCUUCAAGGUAAUUUCUGGAAAACGCGACGCCGGUAACUUUUUCCCGAAUCAUCGCCCAAAGAGUUCGCCAUUAUUCGUCGCUCGGAAGGAAAUAAAAACCAUCUCAGUCGUGCAUUAAACAAGUAAACAAAAAACAUGGAGUGCCCGAUCAACGACGCCGAGCUGGGCAAGCUGAAAACGUUCCUCGCGUUCUGCCAGAAGACUCCGCAGCUGUUGAAUCUGCCACAGCUAGCGUUCUUUAAAAGCUUCAUCGAGAGCCUCGGUGGGAAGGUGCCGGAAGGUAUGCCGGAUUUCGAGAACCUAGCCGGUGCAGCUGGAGCUGCUGCGGGAGGCACCAAGACGAGCAGUAGCGCUUCGGCUCACAGCACGACCGGUGGUUCGGCAGCGGACUCCACAACGGACGCCCCGGAGGUUCCGGAUUCCGAUCCCGAGUCCGAUCUUGAGCUGGACAACGAGGGGUGCGUGGAACCGGACAGCGAACCCGAUCAGCCGAUGGGUGAUGCGAGCAAGGAACCGACGGAGGAGGAAUUUGAUCAGGCGAACGAUCUGCGAUCGCAGGCCGCCUCUGCGUACGGGGAGCAGAAGUAUGACGAAGCGGUCAAACUAUUCACCGAGGCCAUCCAGCUCAAUCCGAAGAGUGCACUGUACUACGCCAAGCGCGGUCAGGCGUAUCUGAAGCUACAGAAACCGAAUGCCUGCAUCCGGGAUUGUGAUCGUGCGCUUGAAAUCAACCCGGAUUCGGCCACCGCGUACAAGUUCCGUGGACGCGCGAACCGGCUGCUAGGUCGAUGGGAAGAGGCGGCCAAGGAUUUGCGCCAGGCCUGUAAGCUGGACUUUGAUGAGGAGGCGGACGAGUGGUUGAAGGAGGUCACACCGAACGCGAAGAAGAUCGAGCAGCAUAAACAAAAGCAGGAGCGUCGCCGGAAGGAACGCGAAUUGCGCGAACGGCAGGAGCGUGUGCGCAAGGCACAGGAAGCUAACCGUAAGGCAGCGGAAGAAGGUGCUGCCGCCGGUGGUGGUGGUGCGGGAGGAAUGCCUGAUUUUGGUGGUGCCGGUGCAGACAUUUUCAGUGCCUUCCGCGAUCCGGAAGUGUCGGCGGCUAUGAAGGACAUUUUCGCAAACCCGGCCAACAUUUCCAAGUACACCAACAAUCCCAAAAUCAUGAACAUCAUCAUGAAGAUGUACUCCCAGUCGGGACAGGGCGGUUUCCCUGGCUUCCCCGGUGCUGGCGGUGCUGGCGGUGCAGGCGGUGGUUUCCCCGGGUUCCCCAGUGCAGCCGGUGGUGCUGGUGCUGAUGCCGGUGCCGGUGCAGGAGCUGGCGGUUUCCCCGGAUUCGCUGGAUUCCCUGGCUUUGGUGGACCUGAUGCUGGAGCUGGAGCGGGCGCGGGAGCCGGUGCUCGUCCAGGUGCCGGAGCAGGAGGUAAAGGCGGCGCUCGAAUCGAUGAUCUAGAUUAACUUAAUCGGCCUGUCGCGCCAUACGAAACACUAGAAGCGUAGGACACCAACUUGGAUUUUAUAUUCCCUUCACACCACACACCUAAAGCCAUACCAGAUUAUUAGCGAGUUCCGGUAUUCAUCUUCCAAAGGACGUAUGCUAGCUUCCGUCGGUUAAAUGCGUCAGGGAGAAGAAUCUGAGAUGAAAAGGGACAAACGAGCAGCAUUUGGGACCCUUCCUUCCCGUACCCUCGCUCGUAUUGCUCUAUAUAUUGUUAAUCCUGUGAGUCUAGUAGGGGGCUUGAACAAUAAAACAAAACUUCACUAAUUAA